UUUACAGAAAAAAACAUAUAAAAAAUAAAAGAUGCAGGUUGUUAACAUACUUCGUUUUAAAAAUCAGAAAAAAUAAUUUGACAUGGUAGCCAUGCUACCGGGCAGCAUGACACACGUCUUAUGCUGCACCAGUUCUGCAUCAUCGUACGCGCAUAGAUCAUUUUUGAGCUUCCACGUAUACAUACUCAUUUCUUAAUUGCCAUGGCCAUCAUGUCAAAUAGGCAUGGGGCAUGGGCAUGGGCAUAUGGUAUGAUGCUCUAGUCUAGUCCUUGCCUGAGAAGAAGGCAGAGGAGGAAGAAGCAGUAGUGGCAAAGGAGAUUAGGUGGAAGAGGAAAACAAAUUAAAAAAUGGAAAUUUAAUAAUCGCAGAGCAGUCAUGUGCAUCUCAAUUCGGUACAGUCUUUUGCAAAUGGAGUAUAGAUGCAUCUGCUUGGACUUACUGGCGAUGAUGCUUCUUUGACCUGGUUUUUCUACGGCACAAGACAAACGAAACGGCUUGAAAUUUAAUGAAAGAGUAGGGUUUCAAUUUUUUUUUUUUUUUCCGUUUUUGAUCAUGGCAAACGAAGCUGCUGUGGAAAUAGGACUAAAUGUGGCGUCGGCAAGUCGAAAUUUUGGCCUUGAGAUGGAAGACAAUGCGCAGGUUUUACAGUUAAAUGGCCGCUUUAAUGAGCAGGUUCAGCAAUUGCAGCAGAGUAUUCAGUAUAGCCAGCAGGUUCCUUUGCAGAAUCGGCUAAAUAUGGCACAGAAUGAGAAACAUAUGCUGCGAAAUCAGCAAAAUGCGAUGCAGAACCUGCACGCUGAGGAGUUGCAGCAGAAUCAUCUGAGCUUUGAUCAUAAUUCGCAGAUUCAGCGAAAUAUUCUUCAAAAUCAGCAGAGCAGUGAAGCAAAUCGUAUUCAACAUAAUGCGCAUGUUUUACUGCAGCAGAAUCAUAACGAGGCUGUGCAGGGUGCGCAUAUUGUGCAAAUUUCGUCACCUUCUUCUUCUUCUUCUUCGGUGCAGCAGCGCUUGAGCAGUGGUGGUCCGCAUGAGAAUGGAAGGGAGAACAUGGAGGCUUGUUCGCAAGAUUUCCAUCGUGAUAUGAGGGACUUGGAGGAUCUGCUCUCAAAGCUGAAUCCUAUGGCCAAGGAGUUCGUUCCGCCUUCGCUUGCCAGCCAUGCGUCUGCCUUUUCUGUUGCUAAUGCUCUUAUGUAUGACAACCAUAACACUAACUUCAUCAACGGCACAACCAGCGCCUUUAUCAUCAAUAAUAAUAACACUAGAAGGAGAAAAAAUAAUUAUCAUGGGAAAAAUAGAAUGAACAGCAGAACAAGUAUAGCUCAGAGAGAAGACAGCAUUAGAAGAACCGUAUAUGUCUCAGACAUUGACCAACAGGUGACUGAAGAGCAACUUGCAGCUUUGUUUAUCAAUUGUGGGCAGGUUGUUGAUUGCCGUGUGUGUGGCGAUCCAAAUUCAGUUCUCCGUUUUGCUUUUGUAGAAUUCACUUGUGAGGAGGAUGCAAGAGCAGCUUUGAGUCUUGCUGGGACCAUGCUGGGAUAUUACCCUGUCAGGGUCCUACCUUCUAAAACUGCAAUUGCCCCAGUAAACCCAACAUUUCUUCCAAGGUCAGAAGAUGAGCGGGAGAUGUGUGCACGGACAAUCUAUUGUACAAACAUUGACAAGAAGGUUUCUCAAGCAGACGUGAAACUUUUCUUUGAGUCACUUUGUGGUGAGGUUUCUCGUUUGAGAUUACUAGGAGAUUAUCAUCAUUCCACUCGUAUAGCGUUUGUAGAGUUUAUAAUGGCUGAGAGUGCAAUUGCUGCCUUGAAUUGCAGUGGUGCUAUUUUGGGGUCUCUACCCAUAAGAGUAAGUCCAUCAAAGACACCUGUGAGGCCUCGGACCUCCCGUUCACCAAUGCAUUGAAGCUACCUGAAUCUUAAACUAUGUAUUCCAAGGAUGCAAUUAAGCAAAGCUGUGUUUUUGUUAUCACACUGCAAUGCAGAGGGAACCGUGCCUCAGAUUUUAAAGAUGGAUGUUAUAUAUUUAAUUAUUGUACAGGAAAUAGGGAAAUAUCUAAGAGAUGGGAAAUGGGGUUUCUUUCGAAAAGUCUGCACAUCUGAUGCACAUAAUUUUAUCUGCUUAAAGAGUCUUGUGAAAUUUUGAGUGUGCUGUUGAAGAUGAAAUCCUUGAGAAAUUGUAGGUGUUUCUCUUGAAGGAUUAUAAAUCAAUUUCAUUUUAGAAAUCAAGUUGGCAUCGUCUGACUUUACUGACAAAUUGGUCAUCUCAACCAAUUGUGAUUUCGAUAUGGAAAUUUCCAAAAAAGAGUUUGGUUUAUAAUAAUGGAUUUCCAUCCAGGAGGCCUUUGGAUUGUACUAUUGGUUCAAUAAACAACAUUUCAUAUCAUGGCCUCUCAUAAAGACCUGGUAACAUUUCAUGUUUAGAAUCCUCUGACGUACUACAUAUAUCAAUUAAACUUUAAUUUUCAGAUA